GCUGGCGGGGAGGAGGAGCACCAGGCCUCGGGGCCCCGCACCGCCGCCCGCAGGUCAUUCCUGAUUCAUUUGCAUCCUUGAAGAGCAUCUGUAGAAGAGGAAGGAAAAGAUGGGUGUGAAAACAUUUACUCAUAGCUCUUCUUCCCACAGCCAGGAAAUGCUUGGAAAGCUAAACAUGCUGCGAAAUGAUGGACAUUUCUGUGACAUCACUAUUCGUGUCCAGGACAAAAUCUUCCGGGCACAUAAGGUGGUACUAGCAGCUUGCAGUGAUUUUUUUCGCACUAAACUUGUAGGCCAAGCAGAGGAUGAGGACAAGAAUGUGUUGGAUUUACAUCAUGUUACAGUGACUGGUUUUAUCCCCCUUCUAGAAUAUGCUUACACAGCCACUCUGUCAAUUAACACAGAAAAUAUCAUUGAUGUGCUGGCUGCAGCCAGCUAUAUGCAAAUGUUCAGUGUUGCUAGCACCUGCUCAGAGUUCAUGAAAUCAAGCAUUUUAUGGAAUACACCCAACAGCCAACCGGAAAAGGGUCUCGAUGCUGGACAAGAAAAUAACUCUAACUGCAAUUUCACUUCUCGAGAUGGAAGCCUUUCACCCGUGUCGUCAGAGUGCAGCGUGGUAGAAAGAACCAUUCCCGUCUGCCGAGAAUCCCGGAGAAAGCGCAAAAGCUACAUCGUUAUGUCACCCGAAAGUCCUGUCAAGUGUAGCACACAGACAAGCUCCCCCCAGAUACUGAAUUCUUCAGCUUCCUACUCAGAAAAUAGAAGUCAACCAGUUGACUCUUCUCUAGCUUUUCCCUGGACUUUUCCUUUUGGAAUUGAUCGAAGGAUUCAGCCUGACAAGGUUAAGCAGGCAGAAAACACCCGGACUUUAGAACUACCUGGCCCAUCUGAGACUGACAGAAGAAUGGCUGAUUUUGUGACUUGUGAGAGCACAAAAACGACCUUGCCUCUGGGUACCGAAGAAGAUGUCCGGGUGAAAGUAGAAAGGUUAAGUGAUGAGGAGGUGCAUGAGGAAGUACCCCAGCCCGUCAGUGCAUCUCAGAGUUCACUGAGUGACCAGCAGACAGUGCCAGGAAGUGAACAAGUCCAAGAGGACCUUCUGAUUAGUCCACAGUCUUCCUCAAUAGGCUCGGUAGAUGAAGGUGUCACCGAAGGGUUACCUACGCUUCAAAGCACUUCCAGCACCAAUGCUCACGCAGAUGACGAUGAUCGGUUAGUACUAACAUAUACAGAACGGCCCAGCCCAAAUGGUCCGGACAGACCUUUUCAAUGUCCAACUUGUGGGGUGCGAUUCACCCGAAUUCAGAACCUAAAACAGCACAUGCUCAUCCACUCAGGAAUUAAACCAUUUCAGUGUGACCGCUGUGGAAAAAAGUUCACCAGGGCUUACUCGCUAAAGAUGCAUCGCCUAAAGCAUGAAGGUAAACGCUGUUUCCGGUGCCAGAUAUGUGGUGCCACUUUCACUUCCUUCGGGGAAUAUAAGCACCACAUGAGGGUUUCCCGGCACAUUAUCCGCAAGCCUCGGAUUUACGAGUGCAAAACAUGUGGCGCCAUGUUCACCAACUCUGGAAAUUUAAUCGUGCACCUGAGGAGUCUGAACCAUGAAGCGUCAGAGCUAGCAAACUACUUCCAGAGCAGUGAUUUCCUAGUACCGGACUACUUAAACCACGAGCAAGAAGAGGCCCUUGUUCAGUAUGACCUUGGAGAACACAGUUUUGAAAGCAACUCCUCUGUUCAAAUGCCUGUAAUUUCACAGGUCUCCUCGACCCAGAAUUGUGAAAGCACUUUUCCCCUGGGGUCUCUCGCCGGGCUGGCAGAAAAGGAGGAAGAAGUGACAGAGCAGCCCAAGACCAGUGCCUGUGCCGAGGCCACUGGAGAGGACCCCCCCAAAUCAGAGCUGUCUUCUAUAACUAUUGAGUAAUUCCAUGGUUUGGCUUCAUUUUGGUUUUUUGGGAAGUGCCUGUGCUUGGUCUUGUACAUUUAAAUUUAAUUUAAUUUUUUAAAAAAGGUUUUGUGGAAGAAUUUUCCUUUUUACUUUGUGAACCCUGCAAUUCAUGACUGGGAGAUUGCUUCUGUAAGUACACAAUAACAUGGUGUCAAAAUAUAAUACAUUGUUGGAUGUAAGGAGAACCAAUUGACUUAAAACAUGUAGUCGUUUCUCCUUGCAUUGUUGUUAGUAGACUAACAACAGAUCAUUAGGUAACGAAGGAAUCGGGUGAAUGCUGAUCUUCCUGAGAUGAAAGGGCACACCAGAAACAAACUACUAAAAGGAAUGUGACAGAUGGCCUGGAUAGAUGUUUACUCCUGUACACCAGACGCUGUACAGAGUUUUUUUUGUAAAGCCUUUUGUUUCUGGAAAUAUUUAUAAGCUAUCUUAAAAAUUAUUAGGGUAGAUACUCUUUUUUUUUUUUUACUUCAGAGAGGAAGAGGGAAAGAGAUAGAUGAUUCUCUCUCACCAUUGAUGCUUCUGUCAGCUGCCUCCUGUAUGUCCCACACUGGGGAUGGAGCCUGCAACCCAGCAUGUGCCCUGACCAGGAAUCAAACAGUGACCUCCUGGUUCAUAGGUCAACGCUCAACCACUGAGCCAUGUUGCCUGGGCCUGGGUGGUUUUUUUUAAGUUUUGUCCUUUCUAUUCUGAUAUUUCAUGGUGAAAAUUUGAUAUUGGGAUAGGCAUUCCCUGAAUCUUUAUAGAACCAGUCCUCCAAAUAAUCUUACCUUUCUUCUACAAAAGAAGGCAAAAACCAUGAUUGAGAAUAGUCCAGCUAUGCAUGAAGUGACCAGGAAUGGAGAAUGUAGUACGUAAAUUCCAAUUUCAUAGGAGCUCUUUAUAAUACUACUUUUCUAGCUGAAGUUGUCCAGCUGGUCUUUGAAUGUUAAUGUCUGACUAAUUAGGUCACUGCCUAAAUUAGUUUCCUCUUUCCCCACCCACAAUACUUUCUCUUGCAUAUGUGGUCAUGAUACUAUAUAAAGGAAAAAUAUUGGAGAUAUUCUAUAUUUUAUAUGUAGGUUUAUGUAUUGUUGGGGAUGUUUUUAUUGUGCUGUUUUAGACAAAAUAAAAAUUAUAUUAAGACUACGUUCUUAACCCAGCUAAGAUUGUUUACAAAAACUCCAUAUGGCAGUGAUAUGUUAUCCUUGUCCCAAAAUAUUUUUAGACGUUGCCAAGUUUAUUAAAAUCAGUUAGUGUAGUUUUUACACAAUGUAAGCAAUAAUGUAAAAGAUGAGGAUAGUCUAUAGAAUGAUGGUCUAUGACUCAGAAAUCUGGGGGGAAACAGUUAAAACUAAAGAAAAACUAAAAAUCUUAAAUUAAUGAAUAUCACCUUUUUGCUGCUAACUAAUGAAACUUUCUGAUUUAUAGCUGAAUUUAUAUGAUACUCUAGGCUGGAACAUACUUUUCAUCUAGGACCAGUUAAAGCAUCACUUACCUUGAUCUGGAAUAUUCAUGAGUUUAUGAACAAUGAACUUUGAGUAACUCUGUAUAUACCCAAAGUUUAAUAAUUAUGAAAGCACCUGAUUAAAUCAGAAAAAAGGAGAUUAAAAUACAGUUUCUUAUUCAGCAAACAAGAUUUGAAUUUUGUCCAGGUGCUAGACCUUAAUAAUAAAACAUAUUUUUUAAGUUUUAGUGAUUUGUUUCUUUUUUUUUUUAAUUUGCUAAUUCUGUCAUUUAUUUUACCCCCCCACAAAUGUAAUGGAAGGAAAAGUAAACUCAUUGAAGUUU